UAAGAAAAUCUAUAAAACCCAAACCCCUAAUUUGGUUGGAAAAUAAAAAUGGCGGUGAAGCUGAGAUUAGCGAGGUUAGGAUGCCGGAACAGGCCCUUUUACAGAGUAAUGGCAGCAGAUAGCAGAUCUCCCAGAGACAGAAAACAUAUUGAAGUUUUGGGUUACUAUAACCCUUUACCAGGACAAGAUGGCGGUAAACGAAUGGGGCUUAACUUCGAACGAGUAAAAUAUUGGCUAUCAGUUGGUGCACAACCGUCGGAUCCUGUUCAACGUCUCUUAUUUAGAGCAGGGGUGCUACCACCACCACCAAUGGUUGCAAUGGGCCGGAAAGGCGGGCCCCGUGACAUCCGCCCAGUUGACCCGUUAACUGGACGGGUCAUGAUGGCCGAGCAACCAACCAAAACUACGAACGGAUUGAUGGAUGUUUAAGAAAGUACAAUGUCAAGUUGUCAACUUCCCAACUGUUGGCUUUAUGGUCAAAUUUAGAACUAAAUGCAAUGUUAUGUUAUAAUUUUAGUACCAUCUUUUGAUGCUACAAUGAUUUUGAUUUGCAGUGGAAGUUGGUAUUUUGUUUGGGGUCUUUGAACAAUAACUUUGCAGCUCAUGUUAUUUUCCCAAUUUAAUAAGUUUCUU